AUGCCUGUCUUCACGGUCGUCAUUAUAGGAGGAAGCGUUGCGGGUUUGACCCUGGCAAAUAUCCUUGAGCGCUAUGGCAUCGAGUACGUCCUGCUUGAGAGAUAUAAAAUGAUUGCUCCUCAGCUGGGUGCGAGUCUCGGCGUCUUGCCUUACGGUUGUCAAAUACUUGAGCAGCUGGGCGUCAACGAGCAGGUCCAGGCCUUGGGUGAAAUGGUGGAGUCAAUGGAAGUCUUUGGGCCAGAUGGUGUUCGACUCAGCGCUCAGGAGACCUUCGGCAAGCUACUUAUGGACCUAACCGGGUACAAAUUCAGCUUUCUGGAUCGUCGGGAGCUGGUCCAAGUCCUGUAUGAUAAUCUUCAGGACAAGUCGAAGGUCCAUGUGUCGAAGGAGCUCUUGGAGAUCAAGCAGCUGGAAACUGGGGUGACAGUCACGACAACAGACGGCACUGUAUUUACUGGAAAUGUCCUUGUUGGCGCAGACGGCGUUCACAGCCGGACAAGACAGGAAAUGUGGAGGAUUGCCGACUCAGAGGAUCCAGGUUACGGGGCUAAGCAAAUGGCUAAAUCAGCUAUUGUCUGCAUGUAUAAAUGCAUGUUCGGAAUCGCAGAUCGACCUGAAGGAAUGGCUAAUGACCGUGGCUACAAAACGUACCACAAGGAGCGUUCUUACUUGCACCAAACCGGCCGCGAGGGAAAGAUGUACUUCUUUGCGUUUAGUAAAAACGCUGAAGUGACCAUUGACCAAGAAAUCCCCCGAUAUACCGCUGAGGAUGAAAACGCCAUGGCAAAGACACAAGGAAAUGAUAUUCUGUUCCCGGGUCUUACAUUCGGGGAUCUUUACCAGAGACGCCGGAAUACAGUUCUUGUUCCAUUGCAAGAAUAUGUGCUUGACAAAUGCUUUUACAAGCGUGCUAUUCUGAUUGGCGAUUCUUUUCACAAGAUGAACCCCCUCACUGGACAAGGUGGAAAUUCUGCCAUUGAGGACGCAGCAAUGCUCGGGGAUCUACUGAAAGAGGCUCUGGACUGCAGUCCCCAACCAACAAAUGAGUUGAUUCGUGCGCAAUUUACUCAAUUCCAAGAGGAGCGAAAAUAUCGCACAAAGUUAUUGGCAGACGGGGCGCAUUCGCUGCAACGCCUCGAAGCACUCGAAACCCCGUUUCUGGAGUUCGUGGCUCUGAAAAUUGUAAGCAAGCAGGGUCUUGAUAAGAUGGCGCCCAUGUUUGCCGCAAUGUGCUCUCCUGGGCACAUCUUGAAGUAUCUACCGAGACCAUUGCACGAAGGUGUUGUGGCACGGGACAGCGAUGUGAUUGCAAAGCCAAGACAACGUUCAUAUUCUUCAACAGCGUUUUGGGCCAUUCUCACUCUGAUUGUCGCCUGUUUUUCCGUGAAUACUGGACAAUCUCUCAGUAUAGAAGGCACCGCGGCUGUCAGUGAUCCCAUGUCAGACUACACCUUUGUCUGCAUGAUGGCCUUUAAUGGCUUAUGGGUGGUUGAAUCGCAUCGCCCAGGCUUGUCAGGAGGGCUCCUGUGCAGUUCCAUUCCAUACAUUCUCGCUUCUGUAAUCUUAGGGUGGCAUGUGGUCGUCCCAAUCUACUUUGCUAUUUACAUCUACCUCAGCCAACCACGGUCCUUCUACUAUCCCAACCCGCGAGCGAUCGACCUGCGCGCUGCCGAAUGUCUUCCCAUGGGAUUCUUGAUGAUGUACUUCGUGCCCAUUCUCUUGAUCCUGAAGCCAGCCACCAUUGCUGUCUCCAGUUGGAUCUUUCCUGUCGCACAUUUCGGUCUACCAAUUUUUGUCUCAAUCGGACAGAAGAUUUCAACAAAAGCGCCACCCAGCGCUGAUAUAGUGGAGUCACUAUACGGCACCCGCGAUAUGCCAUAUCUGUCACAGUUCUACAAUCUGGCUUUCUUUUUCACAAGCAUGUUGCAUAUCAUCGUCGGUAGUCGGAUAUUCGCAUAUGCGUGGAACGCUACAGCCCUCAAGGAAAUGACAUAUUCGGCCGGAGUACAGCCAGCAUGCCUUGCCACUACGAUUAUGAUAUGGUGUGUCUUUACAGCGUGGGACUUGCGUCGGACAAACGCCAUCCAGACUCCGAUUUUUAUUGUUAUACCUUCUCUGCUCUUGGGAAGCGUGUGCUUUGGUCCUGCGGCCGUGUUGAUUGGGGUGUGGAAGUGGCGCGAGAUUGCACUUGAGCGGACUCGGAAAAGGUAG